CCCGGCCAGCAGCAGAGCAACGGCUUCUCCGAGCGCUCGGCCUACGUUCCUCCGCAUAUGAGGCGGACUGGCGGUGGCCCUGCCCCAGCAGCCGCUGCUCCCAACGGUAUGGGACCACCACCUGUCAACGGCGGUGCUUUCCCGCCACCAGGCCAGAACGGCUACGCAGCUGCUCCAGGCGGUCGCGGCGGCGGCUGGGGUGCGGCUCAGACUUUCACUCCUUCGGCACCCGCAGCGCGCGGCGGUUGGGACAACUCCCCUCAGAUGCCUCGCGGCUUCAACAGCAACGGAUACGGCGCUCCCGGCGGCGGUGGACAAGGCGGACCACGCGACGGAGGUCGCCAACAGACUGGUGCAGGAGACGGACAGUGGAGAGAUGGCAAGCAUGUGCCAGGACCAUCCAACCCUCGCCGCGAGCGUGAGUUGUUCGGUGUGCCCAACGACCCGAGCAAGCAACAGUCGGGAAUCAACUUCGAGAAGUACGACGAUAUCCCGGUUGAGGCUUCCGGCCAAGGCGUCCCAGAGCCUGUGACCACAUUCACCAACCCACCGCUUGAUGAUCACCUCAUCGCCAACAUUGGGCUCGCCGGAUACAAUGUUCCCACACCCGUUCAGAAGUACUCCAUCCCGAUCGUCAUGGGCGGCCGUGAUCUCAUGGCUUGUGCGCAGACCGGUUCCGGAAAGACUGGCGGUUUCCUCUUCCCCAUCCUCUCGCAGGCAUACCAGAACGGACCUAGCGCCAACGUCCCAGCUCAGACUGGCUUCGCUCGUCAGCGCAAGGCGUACCCCACUUCGCUCAUCUUGGCUCCGACCCGUGAGCUUGUCUCUCAGAUUUACGACGAGGCCUGCAAAUUCGCCUACCGCUCUUGGGUCCGUCCUUGUGUCGUGUACGGUGGAGCCGACAUUGGAUCUCAGCUUCGCCAGAUCGAGCGCGGCUGUGAUUUGCUCGUCGCUACCCCUGGUCGUCUUGUCGAUCUGAUUGAGCGUGGCCGCAUCUCCCUUGCCAACAUCAAGUACCUGGUCCUUGAUGAGGCUGAUCGCAUGCUUGACAUGGGUUUCGAGCCCCAAAUUCGCCGCAUCGUCGAAGGCGAGGACAUGCCUCCCACCGCCGCUCGCCAAACGCUCAUGUUCAGCGCUACGUUCCCUCGGGAUAUUCAGAUGCUCGCACGCGACUUCCUUCGAGAGUAUAUCUUCCUCUCGGUCGGUCGUGUCGGUUCCACCUCCGAGAACAUUACUCAGAAGAUUGAGUACGUCGAGGAUGUGGACAAGCGUAGCGUGCUCCUCGACAUCUUGCACACCCACGGUGCAGGUUUGACGCUCAUCUUCGUCGAGACCAAGCGUAUGGCCGACUCGCUCUCCGACUACCUCAUCAACCAGGGCUUCCCUGCCACUUCCAUUCACGGCGACCGCACCCAGCGCGAGCGUGAGCGUGCUUUGGAGAUGUUCCGCACUGGUCGCUGCCCCAUCUUGGUGGCUACUGCCGUUGCUGCUCGAGGUUGGAUAUACCCAACGUGAAACAUGUCGUCAACUACGACCUUCCAACCGACAUCGACGAUUACGUCCACCGCAUCGGUCGUACUGGCCGUGCCGGAAACACUGGUAUCUCGACUGCCUUCUUCAACCGUGGUAACCGUGGCGUGGUUCGUGACCUCAUCGACCUCCUUAAGGAAGCCAACCAGGAUGUGCCCAG